AUGGAGCACGUGCUGGAUGUGGAUGCCUUGAAGAAGCUCACCCCCGAGCAGCAGAGGAAUCUGAUUUCUGGUGUAAAGCAACAAGCAGCUAUUCUCAACGCCCAGAAUAUGAUCACCGAUUUGUCGGAGCGAUGUUUGUCGAAAUGCAUAACGAGUCCAGGCAGUUCACUGUCGAACUCUGAAAGGCAGUGCCUUCAAAGGUGUAUGGAUCGUUUUAUGGAAACCUAUAAUUUAGUCUCGCAAUCGCUGCAGAAACGCGUACAGGAAGAAAUAGCUGCCAAUUCAACACGAAUGACAUAG